GAAGGCUGUCGUACUGUCCCGCUCUCUGGACACGUAGGAUUUGACAGUUUGCCUGACCAGCUGGUUAAUAAGUCAGUUAGUCAUGGGUUUUGUUUCAACAUCCUGUGUGUGGGGGAAACUGGCCUUGGUAAGUCCACCCUCAUGGACACACUUUUCAACACCAAGUUUGAAGGUGACCCAGCAUCUCACUCGCAGCCUGGGGUCCAGCUGAAAUCCAGUACCUAUGACCUGCAGGAGAGCAAUGUCAACCUCAAACUGACUAUUGUGAGCACAGUUGGCUUUGGGGAUCAGAUCAACAAAGAGGACAGCUAUAAGCCCAUUGUUGAGUUCAUUGAUGCUCAGUUUGAAGCCUACUUGCAAGAAGAACUGAAGAUAAAAAGGGUCUUGCACAACUACCAUGACACGCGGAUCCACGCCUGCUUGUACUUCAUUGCUCCGACAGGCCACUCGCUGAAAUCCCUGGACUUGGUAACAAUGAAGAAGCUUGACAGCAAGGUGAACAUCAUUCCCAUCAUUGCCAAAUCUGAUGCCAUUUCCAAGAGUGAGCUGACCAAAUUUAAAAUUAAAAUCACGAGUGAACUGGUCAGUAAUGGGGUUCAGAUCUACCAGUUCCCAACAGAUGAUGAAUCAGUGGCGGAGAUAAACGGGACAAUGAAUGCCCAUUUGCCGUUUGCAGUGAUCGGGAGCACGGAGGAGCUGAAAAUAGGAAAUAAAAUGAUGAAAGCUCGUCAGUACCCCUGGGGCACAGUGCAGGUGGAGAAUGAAGCUCACUGUGACUUUGUGAAGCUGCGGGAGAUGCUGAUCCGCGUGAACAUGGAAGACCUUCGCGAACAGACCCACACACGCCACUAUGAGCUGUACCGGCGGUGUAAACUGGAAGAGAUGGGCUUCAAGGACACUGAUCCAGACAGCAAACCCUUCAGCUUACAAGAAACUUAUGAAGCCAAAAGAAAUGAAUUUCUGGGAGAACUGCAGAAAAAGGAAGAGGCAAUGAGGCAAAUGUUUGUCCAGAGGGUCAAGGAAAAAGAAGCAGAGCUGAAGGAGGCUGAAAAAGAGCUGCACGAAAAGUUUGAUCGCCUGAAGAAGUUACAUCAGGAUGAAAAAAAGAAGCUUGAGGACAAGAAAAAGUCUCUGGAUGAUGAAGUAAAUGCAUUUAAACAAAGGAAGACAGCAGCUGAAUUGCUCCAAUCUCAGGCUCAGCAGGCUGGAGGAUCACAAACUCUUAAAAGGGAUAAGGAAAGAAAAAAUUAGCUGCUGUUUGGCUGCAUGGUGCAUGAGGCACGUUGUCCUGUUCGGGUUUCCUGUAGAACCUUUCCCUUCGCACCAGAAGCGAACGCCCCCACGUUCGGUUAACACGCAGCUAUGCCACUGUGCCCGUUUGCUCGCCUUCCCUCACUGCUCCCUUCCUGCGCUCCCCGUUUCCUUUUAAGCCAGAGUCCGCGCCCUUGGCUGUGCCAGGUUACGGCUCGUGGGACGGACUCGGCGGUAGCCUACGUGGGGCGGGCGAGAGAUGCUCGUUGCUGAUACCUCCUCCCCUUGGGGCAGCAGCAGGCUGCCGGGUGCUUGUAGGGCGAGUGUCCCCUCUUCCUGGUCCCGCGGCUUUGCGUCUCUCCCUCCGUUUUGCGAGGCUGUAGUGGUGUGCAUGUAGUCCGAAUGCCACCCCGUGGGGCGGGAGGUGGCUGUCCUGUCCCCUUCUUAAUUUGCUGUAUCUAACCCCUCAUUACCCCCUCUGCUGCCGCGCGUGACUCCAGCAACCUUAAAGGACUUUGUGCCAAACGACGUCCUCGCAGGCCUGGGUCUGAGCCGAACCCUCUAGUCCCCGGGCUCGGGGGAUUCUCCAGCUUGGAUCCACGGUUUGCAACUAAGUGUUCUCUGAAUGCCGCAGGGGUCAGGAAGGAUCUCUUGCCUUGUCUCCCUCUCAGUGUGCUGGCCUGGAUGCACAUCCUGGAUCCAAUCUCAGGGAAAGCUGGUCACCUUGCUGUACCUACCAGUGUUUGUGAAGAAAGGCGAUGUUUCUUUGACUUUCUUCUCAGUGAUUCCAACCAUUUCUGGGUUUGAUGCAAAAAGUGUUACCCGCAUUUUUUAUUUGGCAUCUGUUUAGAGGCGUACAGAUGCUGGCAGUUGCUUCUGUUUUUUUGUUAUUCAGCAAAAGCCUUGUUUUACUGCAAGAUUUGCACUAAAAAGGCAGGCGUUUGGCUCGCUGAGGCCAGGAGUUCACCCUGGCCAAGUGCAACUGUGGUUUGCCUGCAGGUGUCUUCGCUGUGUAUUUCUGGAUGAGUUUUGUUUUUAAAUAAAGACUUCAUCAGACAGUG